AAUGUAAUAAUAAAAUGCAAAUCGUCUACCAUUUAAUCCUCCUGGAAAAAAGCUUGGGGUCUAUCGUUUUCACAACGAGAUAGGAAGAGGUAAUUAUGGAGUUGUAAAUUAAUUAAUCUAUUAGGAAAUAGGUUUAUUUAGCGAGUGAUGAUAAGGGAAAUAAAUAUGCUAUAAAAUCAAUUAAGAAAGAGAUUUUCAAAGAAAAUGGAGGUUUAAUUGGAGAUCUUAUUCGAAAUGAAAAAAAUGCAUUGCUCUAAAUCAAAAACAAACACGUUGUUCGAAUAUUUGAAUAUAUAGAGUCUGUCAAUUAAGCUUAUAUGGUUCUUGAACUUUGUGAUGGUAUUAAUUAAAUUCUAAGAAGGUGGUAACUUUGAAGGCUAUCUAACUUGCAAAAAAUUUAAAAUUACAGUUUAUGAAGCUGUUUAAUACAUCAAAUAAAUUAUAUAAGGAGUUAAUGCUUUACAUGAAAAAAAGAUUAUACAUAGGGAUUUGAAAUUGAGUAAUAUUCUAAUGAAAGACAAUUCUGCAGUAUUAAAGAUUGCUGAUUUAGGAUUCUGUCAUAUUCUUUCUGACGAUGUAUUUUAUAAAAUUAAUUAAGGAAUCUCUUGUCAAAUUGAAUUUAGGAACUAUUGGAACAAAAGCACCAGAAAUUAUCCUCAACAAACCCUAUGAUAGCAGUGUUGAUAUGUUUUCUACCGGAGUAAUGUUUUAUUAAUUGCUUUGUGGUGGAAACUAUCCCUUUUAACCAACAACAGAGGAAGAAUACUUAUCAUAAAUAUUAAAAGGACGUAAACUAUUUAAAAGUAUCAUAGCGAAUAAUAUUAAAUUUGUACCAUAAGAUGAAGUUCUACCACAAGAAAUUUAGGAAUUGAUCAAAAGAAUGCUUCAUUAUAAUCCUGAAAAUAGAUUAAAAUGGAGUGAAAUUUUUGAUUCUUCCAUUUUCAAGCAAAGUUCUUAAAUUAUAAUAUUUAAAAGCUCUCUAAUUGGAAACACAUUUAGGAUUUAUUUCAAGAGGAUGUGAUGUCUAAAAGUUAUAGAGUUUCUAUAUCAAAAAUUAAGAGAAAAUAGUUUCAAUAGUUUCCCCUAGAUUUGCAGAAAUUGGCCCUUUCGCAUUUACUGAUGAAAUAAUAGACAAAUCAUAAAUAUUAAAUGAAAAAAGUAAAUAAACUAUGUCCUAUGAUAAUGAAUGUAUAAGCACUGUAAGCUUUCAAAAUAAAGAUGAAAUCUAAUAAAUUCAAAAAGAAAGUAGUAGUAUUAAUGAACUUUUUGAAAAAUAUUUAUCUAAACAUAGAUAUUAUAUGCUACACAAAAUUGUUUAUGAACUUAUUCAUAAAACACAUCACUCAAAUAUUAAGGAAAUUCUGUUUCCUAUACUUCUACUAUCUAAAAAGAUAUUUCAUUUAUAGAAGGAACUAAUUAAAAUGAUAGAGGAAGAUGGAAAUUUAUUUGAUUCUCCUUUUUAUGAAAGCUUAAUCGUUAGUGAUCAAUGGAAGGUAUUAAUAGAAGAGAUGCUGAAUAAUAAGGGUUGGAUUUUCGAUUAAAUUAAGCAUAACAUCAUAACAUUUAAUAUAAAUAUCAAUCAAAAGAAAGAUGAUUAUAAACUAAAAUAUGUAAAACUUGAAUGGCUUGAAGAGGCAGAAGCAUAUUUUCUAAAAAAUAAUUUUUAAAAUAUUUAUUAAUAAUGCUUAAACCGAUAUAUCUAGUAUUUGAUAGGAGAUAUUUUCUAGAAUGAAAAGGAUAAGAUUAAAAAAAAGUCUAUUAUUAUAUAUUUAAUCAAAAGUAUGAGAACGGAUAAAAUAGAUGUUGAAGAUAUACCUACAUAUUAAUAAGAUUCAUUGCUUAUUAAUAAAAAUAUAGAUAAACUUUUUGAAGAAUCAUGCUCAUUUUAUGAUUAAAAAUAAUGA